AGAUAGAAGGGGAGACAGAAAGUGAGCACGCCAGAGAUGCAGAGGGUAAUAAUAAGGAGAACAUGAGAGAUGUAGAAGCAGAUGAGGGCAGCAGAGAAAAACAGAAAAAGAAAGCUGGAGGAGAAGGAGAGAGUGCAGGGUGGCACAGGAAGAUCAAAUGAGAGUGAGCGAAUGGGAGACGAAGAGCAAGAGAGUGAGUGAGUGAGAAAGAGAGAGAGAGAGGAGGGAGGAGAACAACACUGCAGACACUCACCCACUGUCACUGCUCCACAGCCAGAGGACAGAGGCAGCAACAGUGGGAGCGGAUGCGAUGGAGGAAGGAGGCUGUGCCAUUCAUCUGCAGCUCUGACCGCCUCCCCGUGGGAGCUGUCCUGCCAACUUAGGAGGAAAACAAACAAGGACAAACAACUCUGUCUGCCCUUCAGAAGACCGGAGCCCAACUCUAGCAGGACACUCGCCCCCUCUUACCUUUACACACCCUCAAACUGAAAGCAUGCGUGUCUUCUCGCUCCUUUCUGGACUGCUGUGUGAUUUUUAUUGACAUUUAUUUAUGUUGCCUUUGCUGUGCUUCUGAGCUGAGUGGAUUAACUGUGAUCCUGCGUUGGACCAUGGAGCUGGGGUGGAGGGUGGUUCCAAGCACCUUCCGGAAAAGCACAGAGAGCAGCUGGUGCCUUUUGGUGACAUUGCUGCUGUUUUGUGGCUUGUGGAAGGCUCACGCCCAGACAGAGGACGGAAGGUCUGUCUACUUCUGGGAAACAGGUCCAUGGGGAAGAUGCAUGGGCAUUGACUGUGGUCCAGGUGGCAGCCAAAGCAGAGCAGUCUGGUGUGCCCAUGUGGAGGGCUGGACAACACUUCACACCAAUUGUGAUCAGGGCCAACGUCCUUCCAACCAGAGAAAUUGUUUCCAUGUUUGUGACUGGCACAAGGACCUUUAUGACUGGAAAUUGGGCGCCUGGAAUGAAUGUGUGCCUGUGUCUUCAAGGACCUUUGGGGUACCGAGGCCAUUUAUAUGCAGUGGAGGAGAGGAGGGCAUUCAGUAUCGAGAGGUGGGUUGCAUACUGAAGUCAGAUGGGUCGGCAGCAGAUGACGCCAUCUGUGAGUACUUUGAGCCAAAACCUCGCUUGGAGCAGGCAUGUUUGAUCCCUUGCCCUCAGGAUUGUGUGGUUUCUGAGUAUUCACCAUGGACAUCCUGCUCUAAAACGUGUGGAACAGGCCUGAGGAACAGGGUCCGUAGUGUCCUUGUUCCUCCGGUUUUUGGAGGCGCCAUAUGUCCGAACCUAACUGAGUUCCAGUCUUGCAAACCAGGGCCUUGCACAGGUCCAGAAAGCUUGUACAGCCUUAUGGUUGGGCCAUGGAGCCCUUGCACACUCCCACAGACUCGGCCAGUACGCCAAGUCAAGCGUAGGAAAGGCAAAGGGCAGGGACUCAGGGAGAGAAGUGGAGUCAAAGAUCCUGAGACCAGAGAGCUUAUACAGAAGAAACGAACCAGGAACCGCUUAAACCGGCAAGAGAGUCCAUUUUGGGACAUCCAGGUGGGCUACCAAACCCGUGAUGUGACCUGCAUACAUCGCAAUGGGAGCACAGUGGCACGCAUCCUGUGCACACCAAGGGAUCUACCACUAACGGUCCAGUCCUGUGUCCUCCCCAAGGAUUGCCAGGUAACCGGGUGGACGGACUGGGGCCCCUGCUCGAAAGCCUGCAUCGACCCUGUGUUCCCAAGAGGCAAUCGCACCCGGAGCAGACAAGUGGUGCAGUUCCCUGUGGGUGAGGGGGCAGAGUGCCCCCCUCUGGAAGAGACAGAUUCGUGUGAACCUCAGGGGGAUGACGUGCCGCCCUGUGCCACUUACACGUGGAGAACCACAGAGUGGAGUGACUGUCGAGUCGACCUUCUGCUCAGCCAACAGGACCGUCGGCGGAGCAACCUAACAGGGCUGUGUGGGGGAGGCAUGCAGACCAGAGAGGUUUAUUGUGUCCAAGCCAAUGCGGAGCUCCUAUUGUACCUCAACAACCUCAGAGACAAGGAAAAAGCAGGUCAGACCCAAAGACAGCAGAAGCCCAGCAUCCCCCCUCUCCUCUCCAUCACCUUCCAGAUUACAGCAUCCCACCCAGUGGAAAACAGGCUGUGUGAGGGUCUGAUCCCCAACAGGUCCCAGCUGUGCCACAUUCCCUGUCCGACUGACUGCCAUGUGUCACCAUGGGGAGCCUGGGGUCCAUGCACCUUUGAGAACUGUGAGGAACAAGGUGCAAAGAAAGGUUUUAAACUGAGAAAACGGCAGAUCACCAAUGAGCCGACAGGAGGGCCUGGAAACUGUCCACACUUGGUGGAGGCGGUGCCUUGUGAUGAACCCAGCUGUUACAAUUGGCGGGUGGUCAGUUUGGAUCAGUGCAUUCCUGAGGAUGGCAGACUGUGCGGCCCAGGCACACAGCUCCCACAGGUCCAGUGCAUCAACAGCAAUGGUGAAGAGGUGGAUAGAAGUCUGUGUUCAUCAUCUCCAGCUCCAGCGCCUGUGCCCUGUGAAAUGCCUUGCUCAAGGGACUGUGUUCUCAGUGGUUGGACUCUAUGGUCCACUUGUUCGCAGACUUGCUCCAGUAAGACUAUUGAGGGAAAACAGAUGAGGACCCGUUCCAUUCUGGCAUACAAUGCUGGAGAAGGUGGUGCCCUUUGUCCAAACAUCAGUGCUCUUCAAGAGGUCAGGAACUGCAAUGAACAUGCCUGUACAGUGUACCACUGGCAGACGGGGCCAUGGGGACCUUGCACUGAAGAUCCGUCUUCUUCUGUCCUAAACAUAUCCACUUCCUUUGGUGCCACCAACAUUCGUGAUGGUCCCUGCUCUAUGGGACUGCAGACUCGCAAGGUCAUCUGCGUUCGAGUCAAUGUGGGACAGGUGCCACCCAAGAAGUGUCCAGAUGGACCUCGUCCUAGUGCAGUCCGGCCCUGUCAGCUGCUCUGUAAGAAAGACUGUACCAUGACCCCUUUCAGUGACUGGACGCCCUGCCCUGUUACGUGUGAUGCAGCUGGUAACACUAUGAGGCAAAAGCAAAGAAGGAAGCGUCUUAUCAUCCAGCUGCCAUCCAAUGGAGGUCAAGACUGUCCUGAGGUACUGGAGGAGGAGAAGGACUGUGAGAUCCCUAAAAUCUGUCCAGGCUUCAGGUGGAAGACCCACAAAUGGAGGAAGUGCCAGCUGGUCCCAUGGUUUUUAAGACAAGAUAGUCCUGGGGCUCAGGAGACCUGUGGACCUGGACUUCAAACCAGAGCUGUGUCGUGUCGUCAGCUGGACGGGACGCAGGCUGACAUCGGCGAGUGUCUGAAAUUCGCCAAGGCGAUGCCUGCCAUCACUCAACACUGUCAGCUCCCCUGUCAGGAUGACUGCCAGCUGACCAACUGGUCUAAGUUCUCCUCCUGCACAGCUGACUGUGCCGGGGUCCGCACAAGAAAGAGGGCAUUGAUCGGGAGGAGUAAGAAGAAAGACAAAUGUAAGAAUACGCAGAUGUACCCUCUGAGCGAGACCCAGUACUGUCCCUGUGACAAGUACAAUGCCCAGCCGGUGGGCAACUGGUCGGACUGCAUCCUGCCUGAGGGAAGCAGGGUGGAGAACAUCCUGGGAAUGAAGGUACAAGGAGACAUUAAGGAGUGUGGUCAGGGCUACCGCUACCAGGCCAUGGUGUGUUACGACCAGGACAACAGGCUAGUGGAGACCUCACGCUGCAACAGUCAUGGCUACAUCGAGGAGGCAUGCAUCAUCCCCUGUCCUUCAGAUUGUAAACUCAGUGAAUGGUCAAACUGGUCGCGCUGUAGCAAGUCCUGCGGCACAGGAGUGAAAGUUCGCUCCAAAUGGCUACGCGAAAAGCCUUACAACGGAGGUCGACCCUGCCCCAAACUGGACCACAUUAAUCAGGCUCAGGUGUAUGAAGUUGUGCCGUGUCAGAGCGACUGCAAUCAGUAUGUGUGGGUGGCCGAACCCUGGAGUGUGUGGAAGGUCAGCAAUGUGGAUUUAAAAGAGAACUGUGGGGAAGGUGUCCAGACCAGAAAAGUCAGGUGCAUGCUCAACACGAUAGAUGGGCCAUCAGAGGCCGUGGAGGACUACCUGUGUGACCCGGAGGAGAUGCCUCUCGGGGCCAGGGAGAGCCGGUUACCUUGCCCGGAGGAUUGUGUCCUUAAUGACUGGGGCCCCUGGAGUCGCUGCAGCAUGCCGUGUACUAGAACCAGUAAUCGAGUGCGGACGGCGUACAUCCUCCGCUCCCCCAGUGCAGGGAGGCAAUGUCCCAACACGACUGACCAUGAGCCCUGCAGCCUGAAUCUCAACUGUUUCAACUACUUCUACAACAUCACAGACUGGAGCACAUGUCAGCUAAGUCCUAACGCUGUGUGUGGGAGCGGCAUCAAGACACGGAUGCUUGACUGCGUUCGCAGUGACAGCAAAUCAGUCGAUCUGAAAUUCUGUGAAGAGCUGAAUUUGGACAAGAAGUGGCAGAUGAACAUCACCUGUGUGGUCGAGUGUCCCGUCAACUGUCAGCUGUCGGAGUGGUCAUCCUGGUCAGAGUGUUCUCAGACCUGUGGUCUGGAAGGGAAGAUGUGGCGUUGGCGUUCGGUGGUUCAGGCAUCGCAGGGUGACGGGCGACCGUGCCCUUCACAGAUGGAGCAGUGGAAACCAUGUCCUGUCAGACCCUGCUACCGUUGGCAGUACAGCGCCUGGUCAGAGUGUCGAGUGGAGAGUGUGGUGUGUGGACAUGGCACGCGAUACAGGAACCUGUCCUGCUUUGUUUCUGACGGCUCCAGCGACGGUGAGAGCAGCUUGGUGGAUGAGGAGCUGUGCAGCAGCCUGGAGUUAGCUGUCAGUGGAGACAAGCAGAUCAUGCUAAAGGAGGCCUGCACCCUCCCCUGCCCAGGUGAAUGCUACCUGAUGGAGUGGUCAGACUGGAGCCCUUGUGUGAGCAUCUGUUUGAAAGAGGUGGGUGUGGACUUUGGCUCAGUACAGGUCCGCUCACGAGCUGUGUUGGCCCAGGAACCCGAAAACCUGCAGCUCUGUCCGGAUCAGGUGUGGGAGUCUCAGACCUGCACUGGUGGCGAAUGUUACGAGUACAAGUGGGUCAGCAGCACUCAGUUAAACUCCAACCGCCCCUCCAUCUGGUGCCAACGUUCCGAUGGGCUUAAUGUUACUGGAGGCGUCCUCCUGUGAAUACUCCAGUGGACAACAGCUCCUGUGACCCUCCCUGUCUGAUGCCAAAGUCUUUCUGCAGUGAGGAUGGAGUGUGCAUAUGUGAGGAGGGAUACACAGAGGUACUGUCAUCUAUUGGGAGGUUGGACCAGUGCGCCCCAAUCCCGAUCCUGGAGAUCCCCACCGCAGGGGACAAGAAGGCAGAUGUGAAAACCAGCCGUGCCAUUAACCCUACCCAGCCUGCAACCAUCCAACCUGGACGCAAUGGUCGGACCUGGUACCUGCAGCCCUACGGACCAGGUCGAAUCACAUGACACCACCAGGACAAAGUAGCUUUUAUUGCAAAAAACAGACAAGAUUUUAUUUGUCUCACAGCACCCACCUGCAGCAACCCACUUUCAUGUUCUCGUCCCAAGAACCAAAAAGCCAAAGAGACCUCAGAGACAGAGGCAGCAAAACAAUCGACUAAAACCUCUGACCCUGGCCUACGACGGAGACACUGACAUGUAGUCGUCCAGGACAUGCUUUUAGACAGACGUCACGAUGCCGCUGCAAGUGAAGGACGCGCGUGUUUGCAGCCGGAACGGACACGUCACCGAGACCAAGCAGUGAAAUUACAGGAAAUAACCUCUUACCAGAGACACUUGUGGUGUUUAAACCAUUUCAAGUACUUUGAGUCGCUCCUUUUUUUGUUUGUUCGUUUGUUUUUGGCUAACGUCUUGUUGACCUCCAUCGUGUUGAGUGAAACGCCCUGUUAGGCCGAUGUAGAAGACAGAGACGGCUCUUCUCUGGCUGCCUCUGAAAACUCGGCUCUCGUGCUUUUCUGCUUGUCCCGAAAACGCUGAGUAUCCAGAGGUUUAGGAUGACGGUUUGUUUUUUUCCGAGAAA